AUGUCCCUCACCCGCUCCACCGCACCCCUUGUCUGGAUUGACUGCGAGAUGACAGGUCUCAACCCUCGCACAGACAAAAUCCUCCAGAUAUGCUGCUUCAUCACCGACGCGGAUCUCAACCUUCUCGAACCCACCGGUUUCGAAGCCGUAAUCCACCACCCCGAGUCCGUCCUCGAUAACAUGAAUGACUGGUGCAUCAAGACGCAUGGUCAAUCGGGGCUAACGGCCGCCGUGUCCGCGUCGACCACUACCCCAACGGCCGCCGCAGAGGGUCUCCUUGCCUAUAUCAAGAAGCACGUCCCGCGGGAAAGGACAGGGCUGCUUGCGGGAAAUAGUGUCCAUGCGGACAAGGAGUUUUUGGCCUGCAAGCCAUAUUCAAUGAUCCUGGAGUGGCUACAUUAUCGGCUGCUCGAUGUAAGUUGUUUUAAAGAGGCGGUCAUGCGGUGGGGGGAUGAGAUGAUGCUAAGAGACGCUCCCAAGAAGGUGUGUGUACAUCUGGCUAGGGAGGACAUUCUGGAAAGUAUAGAGGAGAUGAGGUAUUAUCGACGGGUAUUGUUUGGGAAGAAGUGA